AUGUCGUUGGACUAUCACUUUACGGUUGAGCAAGAAGUUGGUUCAGCCACUCAUGCCUUUUUCGGGUUCAAUGGGACGGGUGGGAUAUGGAGAAUUGCGGCCAUCAAUGAGGCUGGCGGGUGGAAGGAUAGAACAACAGUGGAGGACAUGGAUUUAGCCGUCCGAGCUGGUCUCAAGGGCUGGAAAUUCUUAUACCUGGGUGAUCUCCAGGUAAAAAGCGAGCUUCCAAGUACUUUCAAGGCCUUCCGGUUUCAGCAACAUCGUUGGUCCUGUGGGCCUGCCAAUUUAUUCAGAAAAAUGAUGAUGGAAAUUGCUCUGAAUAAGAAAGUGUCGCUGUACAAGAAGUUUUACGUGAUUUACAGCUUCUUCUUUGUGCGGAAGAUCAUCGCUCACAUGUUCACUUUCUUCUUUUACUGUGUGGUUUUACCAUUGACGAUCCUUGUGCCCGAAGUGUAUGUCCCUAAAUGGGGAGCCAUUUACAUCCCUUGCAUCAUAACCACACUCAACUCGGUCGGGACUCCAAGGUCGUUCCAUCUGUUGUUCUAUUGGGUGCUUUUUGAGAAUGUCAUGUCUUUCCACCGGACCAAGGCCACGAUUAUUGGCCUUCUGGAGGCUAAGAGAGUCAACGAAUGGGUUGUCACUGAAAAACUCGGAGAUGCUCUCAAGAAUAAAUCCAACUCCAAAUCAAACAAGCCCAAGAUUUCCCUAUCCAAGCUACUUGGAGACAGAAUACAGCUGCACGAGCUGGGCUUUGCAGUAUUUCUAUUUGUGUGCGGGUGCUAUGACUUCCUUUAUGGAAAGAACAAUUAUUUCAUUUAUCUCUUUCUUCAAGUAAUCACAUUCACGAUCGCUGGAUUUGGUUAUGUUGGCACAAUAGUCCCUAGCUCUUAA